AUGUCGGAGGCCAGCUCACAAAUCGCGACUUCGCCAGCUGGUUUUCUAGAACGACCUACCAACAAUUUAAAGAGCGCACCGACCAACAAGCCCCUGGCCAAGGCCACGCGGAGAUCGGUAUCAAGUAUGAAGGGCCUGCUACCACUUACCUUGUCGACAUCUUCCUGUACGAGCCUUGCAAAUCAACUUCCCGAAGAAGCUCUUGAACAACGUGUAGAUGACUAUUUUCCCGAAGUUUUGGUUCAAGACCUAGAGUUGUCCAAGAUCAUCUUUGAAGCUCGAAGUAUGACAGCUGGCUCACCUACUUCUUCCUCACUCUUACCAUCUGACGACUGCACCGACAAGUCAAUAGCCACCAUGAAUCCUUAUCGAGCCUCUUCUCUGUCACCAUACCAAUCAGGUUAUUUGCGCGUUCAGACCCUCGGAGCUAUCCAGGAGCGAAACUCAAUGGUCUCAUUCCUCGAUCAGCAGGAAGAUGAGAGGUCUGGUGAUGCAGCAUCUGAUUCGUGCUCUGCAACCGAAACUGAUGCGUCGUCUGUAUACGACGCGGCUCCCCCCUCCUUUUUCUUACGACGCCAGUCCAUGGACACAAAUGUGCCCUCGCUGGAUCCGACAAAAGCAAAGAUGGCUCCGCCAAGGUUGUCAACAAUGUCGCCGUCGGAGAGCUCUCGCUGCGAAAGCAGCUGGAUUGAAACCGAUUCAGAUGUAGAGGAUGACCGCGAGGAAGAUGCCAUUUAUGGCACCGUUCUUCACCUUUCACCAAGACCGCCAACGCCCCCAGAAUUCGAAUCCAGAGUUGACUCUAGAUCCUCAAGCGGAAACAUGCAUAAAUUUCUGCAUCGGAAAUCACAUUCGGUCGCAGACGCCGCCGCUCUCGCGUCACAUCCAGGGCAACACUUGAGCAACUCGACGGCCCAGGCGUGGCGGCCGAGUUCCACGCAGUACUCCAGGCACUCCCAGACUCAAAUGCAGUGCCCCGACAGCCCCGAAAGCCUUUAUCUACCCAUGUCCCAAUACACUCCUCCCACGCCGCAUUCACAGAAGAUGCAUUAUACGCCAGAGAGUGGCCUCGCUCGGCGUGCUAGCAACCGGUCAAUUAUAAGACCAGCGAUAUAUCAUACCACCGACGCUACAGUGAUUGACGACUGUGCUAGAACGGAAUACAAUCAAUUUGUCUCAUCUCUUGAUUCAAAGUAUGCACCGAGGGCUGAUAGUGUCUAUAUCCGCCCCUCACCCCCUCCAUCACCUCUUCCUAGCGUGCAGAUGUGGCUCAACGGGAGCGCGCAGCUCUUUUCUCUGCCAUUCCAGAGCGAUGAGUUGGCUCGGGUAGUGCCUCUACCACCUGAUGUUAUGGAGACGCUGAGAGUCACUACGGCAUGUUUUCCAGAGACAAUGCUCCUCUCUUCUAGCUUGACUAUUGAGACGAUUCGAGCGUAUUCCAGGAAAGCUAGGAAUCCUGGGGCAGAAUUUACUCCUCCCCCAACGUCACGAUGCUCGACCCCUACGUCGAAGCAGUCACUAUGGAGAAGGGUGGUAAAGCGCGGAUCACAGCAGUCGAACCAACGGACGCGUGAUGUGCACACCCCAACUGCAAGUUUGCUGCAAUCACCCAGCUUAAGCUCGCUGGAAUCCCCCAAGCCGUGGACAUCGAUCAAGAAUGUAUUUGGCAACUGCUCUGAUUACAUUUGCGAUGCGCUUUACUCCCACAUUGUUGCCUAUAAUUACAUUUCCGCCCUUGUUGCGCGGUAUCCGACAUCACUUGGCUGUGGGCGCUCAUGCUCCUCGCCCGUUGGAUCACAACAUGACGACAUCCCCAAGAAGGCAGCUUCUCUCUUGGGUCUCAAUGAAAGAGCCAACUCCACUUCAGCUGCAUCCAUCCGUUCUGCAAAGCGAUUCAGCUCGUCGCACUGGGGUAGGGAGGAUUUCAUGGCCACGAGUCCUUUGUCUACUUCGCCUCACCAGGAUAUGGCGAUCAGGAGCAUUCAAACUGAGCUGUUGCGGUGCAUACGACGUCUGAUUGCAACCGCGAGACUGAUGGCUGAAAGUGACGGUGUAGAUGAGAAAAUGGUGGAGAUGGACAUUGAGGAUGCGGACGUGCUGUUUAUGCGCAGUCUCUGUGAGAUUGUUAGGGUGAAUGAAGAAGCAGCUUAUGUGUAA